AUGGUUUCGGCAUUUGCAAGGCCGGCUUCGCUGGAGAUGAUGGUCCUCGUACUGUUUUCCCUUCUAUCCUCGGUGUUCCCCGUCACAAGGUUACCAUGGCCGGCAUGGGGACAGGAGGACACCUAUGUCGGAAAUGAGGGUCAAAAGAAAUGUGGUUUGCUCACAUUGAAGCACCCUAUUGAGCAUGGUAUUAUUGACUGGGAUGAUAUGGAGAAGAUUUGGCACCAUACCUUCUACAAUGAACUCCGUGUUGACCCUGAGAAACACCCUGUUCUCUUGACCCGAGGCUCCUCUCAAUCUCAAGCCUAA